AAGUUUCUUCUGGCAACUCAUAAUUAAAUGAUAGCAUCACUUCCGCCAAAAUGGCGUAUUUUAUUCAAUGUUAUUUUCACUUUUACUGACAGUAAUUUAUUUACUGUUAUAAAAAAUUUUAAAGAGAUAAAUUCGUAAGUCAUAACAAAAGUCGAGCAAUUAACUUAACACCAUGAAUGCCAUGAUACAUUAUAUAGUAAUUUAGGUUCGAUGAAAUUUAAAUCAUGUUUAACAACUACAAUAAGUCAAUUGUCAAUAGUCAAUAAUGACUAGGACUAGAGUUAGAGACUGGAGUCUACGUCAACGAGUACGAGUAUAUUUCAGUAUAAUUCAACGUCAACAGUUUAUUUUUUUUAAACAACUUACUUACUUACGGCAUUCAAAACUUUACACUCACUGACGACACUCGACAUUGACGUUUGAGUCCAAGUCAAAUCAGAGAAAAAAAUGAAUUUUAUGUCAAGUCAAUAAUUGUUCAGAUCAUUUCUGACCUCUCCCUCCUCCUUUUCAACAUUACAACAACACUGUGUCAAACUUUCAAGAACCCACUAAUUCAUCAAAAUAAUUAUCAUAAAUUGUUUUCCAUUCUAUGCUUAGUUUAGGUUUAAGUUUAAGAAAUAGGCGAAAGAGACAAAUCUAUCAAAUUAAUUAUUAAUAAAAAAAACUUCUUUCUCUAUACUAUAGUCUAUAGCAGGGGUCUCCAAACUUUUCAGCCCCAGGGCCGCAUUAACUAUCAAACAGUAGUUCUGGGGCCGACUACACACUCUAGGUCCAAAUAAAAAAGAAUCGAUGAAUCAAAACAUGGAUCUCGUUUUUAAUUAUUUAUGUAUUAAUCUUUCAGUCAGGUCUUAUUUAAUAACACAUUGAUACACGACACAUGAACACCUGUUACUGUAUUAGAGGGAAUGGUGAAAUUGUUUCCUGGAUGCCAAAAUAGCAGUGAGUUGCAGACAUUGCUGGAUUUAGAUUUGAUGUCCCUAAAAUCAACAGUGACCUGAGAUUAUCAUCGGACAAAUUAGUUCUCAAAUUGUUCUUUACGUAUUUCGUACUUGAAAAUGUUUGUUCACACAGGCAUGUUGUUCCAAAGUUUGAAAGGUACUUCGAUGCAAAUGUUUUGAAAUUAGGAAAGUCUUCCUGUCUUCCUUGGGCGAAAACUAGUUAAAAACCCCCGGUCCUUCUUUUAACUUGUCCCUUAGGAGGUCAUUUGCUUGCAACUCAAUGACCACCAGGUGCAGUUUACCUGGGAGACUGGCUACAUCUGCUUCAAAUGGGUUUUGAAAAGUGUCAAUUCUUCCGCCUUUAAAUCCAAGUCAGAAAACCGCUGCUGACACAUCAGCUCGGGGUCUUUGAUGAUCUCGCAUGCAAAAUUACGUGGGGAACUCAACUGUUGCUUCAGCCAUGAAGACCUUACACUGCUGAAAGUGUGUCAAGUUGUUGGCCUGUACUUGUUCCAAAAACAAGACAAAUUUGGAUCAGAAACUAGAUUUUCCUCUCCUUGUAGUUUUAGAUUCAGAAAAUUUAAAUGACCAGAUAUAUCUGCAGCAAAGACCACUUUCCAUGUCCACUCUUCAUCAGACACUAAUGGCUGUGGUUUGCCUUUACUUUCCAGGAAGUCACCUAUUUCCUUUCUUAACUUAAAUACUCUGCUCAGAACCUUCUCACAACUUAGCCAUUGUAUUGCUGUGUAAUAUGGUAAAUAUUGGGAUUCUGUGACUGUAUCUUCCAACAGGUCUCUGAACUGUCUAUAGUUGAGCCCAUCUGACCUUAUUAAAUACACUCUUUACCACAGGAUUCAGUCACUGCUAAUGUCCACAUAUUUAGUACACAAAGCUUUCUGCUGAAUUAUGCAUUGCAGGAACGUUGGUUGCAGAAUUUUCUUCUCAUUACAUAUUUGCUUCACUUGUCCAACAAAGCCUUUCUUAAUGCCACUCAUGUUAUUUCCUCCGUCAAAAGUCAGGCAACUGAGUUUAGUCAAGUCCAAGUUAUAAUCAGCAAAUUUUUUUUUUCAACUCAUUGAAUAUAUCCUCUCUGGUAACAUUGUCAUACAUGCUAUUUAGGAAAGCCAGCUCUUGUGUCAUGUUCAUGUCUCCAUCCACACCACUAACGAACACAAGCAGUUGAGAGGUGGAACAGCUGUCCAGCGAUUCAUACAUUGCAAUUAAAAAUUGGCGAAUCUUGCUUGCAUUUUUCGCUAUUUGAGUCACAAUGUUUUCACCCAUGUCUGCAACAUGGCGGGAAAAGCUCCGCCACUAGAUGGCGUUAUAUCAUCUCAUUGACUGUGAACGGAAGUAGAAAAACUAAGCAGCGAAUAAGGUUUUGCCAAGUAAUGAUCGGUUAGAAAACAUAACGCACUACUGCGCACCUUUAUUUUCAUUUGGUAAAAACAUAACGUCCACGUAAGCGGCGUCUGAUCUUGGCAUGAUACACGUAAAUUUCCGUAUUUUUUUUCCAUAGAGAAAAAGGUCUCCAUGGGCUGCAUGAAAGAUGCGGCCUGCGGGCCCCCUGGUCUAUAGUAUAAGCAUAGACCCAACAAAUUUUGAAUUUGUAACAAUGAACAACUAGAAUUUAUGACAAGGGAGUCAAUAAUUUUAGAUUUCAGAAUUUAUUAAAGAAUGGAUAAUCAUAAUGUCUAAAUAUUAUUGAAUUGUUGGUAAAUUUUGCUGCUUUUUUUCUUCUCCAUUUUUCAUGUUGAUAAGCCACAUGUUCAUCUUCUGCAAUAGCACAUAUUAUGUCAUACAUAGCAACCUAAGAAUUUAUCAUUGACAUAUUAAUAUUAUUAUGGAACAUGUUGACCUCAUCCUUGUCUUGUUUAACCAUUCAGCGCUUAAAAUAUCAGAAUUUGUCAUUUGUUCAAUAAUUGCCAUCACCCAUACAUGCCAACCUGUUGGGAUCAAAAACUCGACAAAAGUCUCCAUAAACUGUAAAACAGUAUAAAAACAAUACAGAAAAAAAAGAAAAUUUAAAAAAGUAUAGUUUAUAACUUUUUCAUCAUUUAAUUAUCAGUGUUUUGAAUAGAUGCAAGUUUGGCUUUUUGAUUGACCUAAUUUUAAAGAAUGAAAAAUUUGCUGCACAUGCAUUUUAUUUAGCAUGUUUACAUUUGGAAAGUUGGCAUCUUUUGUAAGGGCGAUUUUUGUCAGAUUUUUCUGUUUUUACAAUGUUCUAAAACAGUUUUGUUAUAAGUUGACUUAGAUGAUGAAUUUGAUUGCAAUGUAAAUUUAAUUAGACAUAUACUUAGGUUAAUAAUGCUAGCCCAACUAAUACAGGUUCCUGUUUAAGAUUAACAGGGGAAAUACAUUUUGUUUGCCUCAAUAAAUUAUUAAGUUUACCAUCAAUCUAUAGCUGGUUUUUUUCACCAUAUAGGGGGGGAAAAGUCUUGUGGAUAGUAACAGGCGCUAUAUGGAUAUAAGUUAUGAUUAUUAUUGUACAAAUAAUUUUGUAAUCAUGGUUUACUGCUCUGUUGAACAAUGCUUUAGAACUAUUAACUAAUGGUCUCAACGAAAUCGUGCUCAGUUUCUAAAUUUAGAUAGCCUACAAAUCUCAGAAUUUGGACCAAAGCUCAUUAUGAAUAGACCAAUAGAAUUUCAGCUUCCUAUUGACCAAUUUAUUGAACUGCCACUUAGACAUUUAAUAUUGAUAUCUAUAUAAUUUUUAUUUUAAACAUAAUAUUAUUGUGAAUUUCAAUAGAUAAACAUCUAAUGAAUACUUUGGCUUUACCAUCUGAAUUAAAAAUUAAUGAAAGCUAAAAGUGUAUUUUAAAGUAGUAUGGUAAGAGAAAAUUUUGACUUUGGAGGGACGGGGGCAAAAAUUGUAAAAUAGACCCUUGAGGGCCCUUUGCUUUUAUAAUAUAAUGACAAUGCUACCUAGACAUAUUUUGUCGAUAGAAAGCUUAGCUGAUGUAUUGUUUAUUGGUAUGGUCCACUAAAAUGUCCAGACAUAAACCUUGAAGGAACUCUUUUAUUGAAACACUGGUUCUUUUUGGUCGACAUUUGAAUUUUUCAUUUAUCUGCAAUUAUCAUAUAUCAGCUAAUUUUAGAUUUGACUCAGAUUGCACAAAGGUUGAACAAAUGAUGAGCUAUGUUUAGUAUGAUAAUGCAGUAGGCCUACUUACAUAAUUAUUAUACGAAAAAGUGAUACAUGCACCCUUUUUUGUAGGCUUAUGAUUUAAAUUAAAGGCUAUUUUAUGUCUAAUUAUUUAAAAAUUGAAAUAAAUAAUUACAUUUUUUAAAAUAUUACUCAAGGUUGCAUUAUUUGCUUCCUUUACAUACACAUCUAAUUAUAAUUUCAUUUUUGGAAAUAUUGGACAAGUAGGUCAUCAUGCAGCUCUGAGCAGUGUUCACAGAGGAUUAGUCAAUUAUCAUACUAUGAAAGUAAGACGUUGAGCAAUAUUGAAUAUCUGAUAGCCGACAGACAGACAUAGUGAGAGUCUGACUUUUGGUAGACUACUUAAAGCUUCAAUCACUUUUGCCAAAAGAGAAAAUAAACUGAAAAAAAUUAAUUUUCUGUUUCGGCCAAAACUACACCUGAUCAAAUGGCAGCUUUCAGCACAAAAAUUCGGCCGGCCUCUAGGGGACUAUAUAGGGGCCCAGGCUAAGUCAUGGCUUGUGAAAUUAUUUAUAAAAAUAUUGACCUUAACAUUAGGCCUUCUGCCUUUUUACCCCAUCUGGGCCAUAGGCUGUCCACAAGAAUUUCCCACUCAUCAUGGUCCUGUGCUUUCUUUUCCAGUUACUUCCAGGUGUAUCCCAUAUUUUGCGUGUCUGCCUCUAGCUCGUGUCUCCAUGUAUUCUUAGGCCUUCCUCUCUUUCUUUUUCCCUGUGGAUUCCAGUUUAAACAUUUUCUGGUGAUACUAUCUGGGGGUUUUCCGAGAGUAUGCCCUAUCCACCUCCAUCUUUUCUUUAUGAUGUGUUCAUCAAUGGGCACCUGGUAUGUACUUUCUGGUUUGUCGGUGAUGGUAUUUGGCCAUUUUAUGUUAGGAUCUUUCUAAGUCAUGUGUUUAUGAAGGUCUGUACUUUCUGCGUAAUGCUUGCUGUUGUUUUCCAAGUUUCUGCCCCAUAUAGGAGGACUGUUUUGACAUUUGUGUUAAAGGUUCUGAUAUUGAUUUGCAGCUUCAGCUCCUUCGACUCACAUAUUUUCUUCAAUAGCAAAAAUGCUGAUCUAGCUUUUCCAAUUCUAGGCCUUACAUCCGCGUCGGAUCCGCGAUUUAUGUCGAUUAUGCUGCCUAAGUAUGUGAAGGACUCCACUUCCUCCAGUGCCUUUCCUGCCAGAGAGAUAUGCUCUUGGCCGGCUGAGUUUACCUUCAUGAUCUUUGUCUUGCUUUUAUUUAUAUUGAGUCCGAGCUGUGCUGAAAUGGUGGCUACGCCUUUCAUCUUUUCCUGCUGGUUGUGGGACACAAGUGCAAUGUCAUCUACAAAGUCUAGGUCAUUUAGUUGUUACCAGAGUGUCCACUGUAUCCUAUUCCUCUUUUUGUCUGUGGAUUUUUUCAUUAUCCAGUCAAUGGCGAGGAUGAAUAGGAAGGGGGACAAGAGAUAUCCUUGUCUGACUCCAGUUUCCACUUUAAAGCCCUGUGUGAGUCUACCUUCGUGGACCACCUUGCAUGUCAUUUCUUCCUAAGAACUCUGAAUGAUCCUGUCUAUUUUCCCUGGUACUCCAUAGUGCCGAAGAAGUUUGCACAAGAUUUGUUGGUCCAGGCUAUCAAAGGCCUUUUCUUAGUCUAUAAAAUUUAUAUAUAGGGGGGAGUUCCAUUCAAUGGACUGUUAUACAAUGAUUCUUAGUGUUGCAAUUUGAUCUGUGCAUGAUCUGUUUUGGUGGAAGCCAUCCUGUUGAUCCCGUAGCUGCAUGUCGACCUGGUCUUUCAUUCUAUUCAAAAUAAUUCUGUUAAAGACCUUUCCUGGUACAGACAGUAAUGAAAUGAAUAUUUCUCUACCAAAAAUACAUAAUUGAGUAGGCCUAAUGCCUUAGCAAAUAAAAAUACAUGCUUGCCUUAAUUUAAAUAGUUAUUAGUAGACCAAAUGAAAUUAAAGAUUAAAUAAAUAAACUUCCAGACACCUUUCAUCUUCAUCAUCUGUCUGUUGUUUACUGCAACAUUUCUGUUCUCAGGGUUGCCAAUUGAACAUAAAUUUACUGAUGGUCAUUAAAACAUUAGACAAAUGUUACUUUUACUAAAAUUACAUAAGGAAUUUAGUAUGUCUUUAUAAAAAAUAAAAAAUAGAAAUUCUGCUUUGGCUUUUGUGGCUAAUUGGUUUUAUGUGUAUACUUUUUUCUUUCACAGGUUAAAACAUUUGCUGACAAGUUUUAGGAUUAUUGUUCCUGAUUAUUCUCUAAAUCACCUUAGAUAAACUUGGUGAUUUCAAAUUUCCAGUUUGUUGUCAUAUAAGUGCAAUAAAAAAUGUAACCAGUCAUUUCAAAUAUUAGUUACUAUAAUGUAUGUACUAUAUAUUUAUUAAAAUUAAAAAGUAACUUAAAAAAUACUAUUUAUAACGCAAGACCUUUCGAGUAAAGCACUGAACGCAUAGGAAUGGAUGUAACCAAGAAAUUUACAACCAAAGAUGCAGAGAUUGAGCACUGGAGGAAUUUAGCAGAGAAAUACAAACAAGAGUAAGUUAACACAGAGCCUCAUGUCCCAUACAUGUAUGUUUAUUUUCCUGAGAUUGGGACCAUUAAUUAAAACAAAAAUUUAAUGCUGUACUUAGCUCAAGGAAAAUUCUAUGUAUCUCUGUACAACUAACCCUGAAUGGAGCAACCUUAUGUGCAUGCAACAGAAUCAAAAGUUACUUCACAGUAAUCAUACCUUAUCCUUUGAAUAUUAUUAUAUUGAACAUUUAAAGAAGAAAAUAAAAUUAAUUUCCAUCAUAAGUCUUAAAUUAAAAUUUGAAACAUUUAGUGAAAAACUAUGAUUAUUAAAUAAAUUAAGCCCUUCGAAGUAAAUUCCUUUACCACCUGUUCAUAUUUUGAAUCAGAUUGAAGGAGACAAAAGAAGAGCUUGAGGAAUUUCAGAUCAGUAGCCAAGAGUUAGAGCAAGAACUAGAAACCCAACUCAAGCAUGAAGAAAAGAAGAAUAAAGAAUUGACUUUAGCCAAUGAAAGACUACAAAAUGAGUGUGAUUCUUUGAAGGUAAAGCUUAUAUUUUUUGCUUCUUAAUUUGAUGGGAGAACUUAAGUUGUUAAGAUAAUCCAAUUAAAAGGAGCUUUUAGAAACUCUAUGUUUAAAAGAAAAAUGUAUGUUAUUUUCUAAUAGAUAUUUAGUUAUCAUUUUGUGGUUAUGUUUUGUGAAUAGUAGGGGAAACUGUCAAACUUAAAAUUUUACCAUUUUCAAUUGUUAAAAAAAAAAAAAGAGAGACAUUUUUACAAUGCUAAAUUGAAGAAUGUUCUGUUAACAGGACAAAUUACAGAAGCUGCAGACUGACAGCCACAAGAAAAUAACAGAGCUUGAAGAUAACUUUGCCAAAGUUGAAGCUCAUAAGAAUGAGCUACAAAAGUACAUAAGAGAAUUGGAGCAGGACAAUGAUGAUUUAGAAAGAGCAAAACGGUAAAAUUCAAGUCUUAAACAUUAUAUGAUACCAUUUUUUGGAUAACUCUAUUACACAAUCACAUUAUGUUAUUGUUUUCAGUUGUCCAGAUAAAGCCAUUUCAUUAUUGAUCUGCAUGUUCCAUGUUAUUCUAAAGUCACAGCUUCUUAUAAAGAAUUCAAGUUUAUGUGUAAAUACAAUAAUCUUUAUUUCACUUUUUGACACAUUUUAAUCAAAGGACUUUCUCAGAGUAACAAAUGUCAUGGUGACGACUUGAGCAUUUGUUUGGAUUUUAAGCCUUGAUCUAAAUUAAUUUACUUAAUAAAUAAUUUUAAAAUAUUUUUCAGUGCAACUGUUGUUUCUUUAGAAGAUUUUGAGCAAAGAUUAAACUUGGUAAGAGAACCUAUUCAUUUGCAAAAACAAUAACUUUUAUUAUUUGUUUAGUUUCAAAUGUUUGCAUUUAUUCCAAAUUUACUCUAAAAAUGCUGCGUCCUAAACAUAUGUCAUGUUUAGCAUAAUCAUUGAGUACAUUCAUUUUAGAUUAGCUCAUUUUACAGGACUUUAACAUUUUUUAUAAGAAUCUUGUUCCCUAUUCAGGCAAUAGAAAGGAAUGCUUUCUUAGAAAGUGAGCUGGAUGAAAAAGGUGCAUUAUGUGAAACUGUUCAGCGAUUGAAGGAUGAGGCUAGAGGUAAGUGUUUAGUUGCUGUUGUUAUUGCAAGAUGGGUUUAGUUGUACAUUUUUUUUUUGCUGAGUUUGUUUAAAGUUUGAACAACCACAGAUGAGAUUGAGUCCAUCAUUCACUGAAUACAGUAAUGUCAACCUUCUACAAUGUUUGUGAUAUGUGCAAAUUAAUGUUUGGCACUCACAAUUUUAAAUGUAUUAGCAUUGUCUUUAUAACUGCUGGGUGGCCGAGCGUUGUAAACUGAGUCAUUCAAAAGCUAGUGGACUGUAGUUCAAUCACAGCCUAGAUAAGCAAAAACAUUACCAGCACCCCAGGUGGAUGGCACUCGUUAACCUUGAAUGGCAAAAAGAGAAGGCAAACUGUGAAAUCAAACCCGGAGAUGGAGUCCCUUGGGCAGUAUGUAUUGAAACAAUGAAAAUUCUGACAAAACCCUGCCACGCAGAACACUUAUCAAGCACAAUACUGGUCACCUACAGCAUCCUGGUCUAUUUCCAGUCAUCUUGACAAGUGUUGCCAUUGGAUCAAAAGGCCAAAGAUGAGAAAGUGAGGCUGACAAAUUGAGCAACUCUCCCUCACUUUAAACAAAAUACAGCUCAAGUCAAGCUCAAGUCUACUCAAAUUGCCCUGAACAGCAUAAUUGAGAAGAAAAACUCUCAUCUGCCAAAACAGCUCUUAAUUUGUGUGAAAUUUCACCAUCUUUUAAAAUUUGGUUUGUUAUUUAGAUACCGUAUGAUAUAUAUUCAAUUACCAUUAGCGGGUUUUGUCUCCAUGAUACAAUUGUCUUCUCAAAAUGUCAAAAGUUUCUCUUAAUUAAUAUUAUCAAUUUUAUUGACAUUUAUUGUUGUUUUUUUUUCUUUCAUUCUCUGUUCAGUAUAAUAUACUAUCUGAUAAUCUUUUUGCAUCAGACUUAAAAUCAGAAAUAGAUGUGAGAAAGCACCAAGACGUUGUGCUGAAAACCAGUGGUGAUGGUUCGUUGAGCGUAGCAGGUUUGCCCAUGCAUGACAGUGGGUAUGCAGCUCAAGGAAACACCCCGACAACUCCAACCACUCCUUUGGGCAGAGGUACUCAAAUGAUUGAGAUCUCAUUUAUUUAUAAAGGAAACAUCUUUAUUGAUAACACUCUAAACUAAUGGCUGUUAACAUUUUAAUGACAAGAAUAAGGUCAAUGUUGAAAGCCAGUGAUUAUUUUUUUUUAUCUUUGGGGCAUUAAAAUAUAUUUGUAAUAUUAAUUUUCUUUAAAACUUGAAACUAAAUGCGUAGUUGAAGAAAAAAAAAACCUUGCUUAAUUAAGUAAAAUAAAUAGCAACUUUUGAUUAGCUUAUGCACAGCUCAGUUAUAAGAUUCAAUGUUUUUGAUUGAUGAAUUUUUGUGAUAAUUACCUUAAUUUAUGAAAACUUUCAUUUCCAUUUCUGCUUUUCACAUUGUCUGAAUACCCCACUAAUUUGUUACAGCUCCAGCCACACCUGGCAUUAGCAACGGCACAGUGGGCACACCACUAACAUCAUCAGCCAGAAUAUCUGCCCUCAACAUUGUUGGUGACUUACUGAGGAAAGUGGGGGUGAGCUCAUUUAGAAUGAUCAUUAGCAUUUAUUUUGUAUAAUAAAUUUGGUUUGUUUUACAAGCAACAUUUUGACUGUACUCAACUUCACCCAGCAAAAUUUUGAGUUUUUUUUUGUCAGGUGAAAUCAUUUUAAAAAUUCAGUGUUCUGAGUUUUCUUGAAUUAAAUCUUGAGUUUAAAUAUUUUUUUUCCCCAUUUUUAAUUUUAAGGUUUCUGAAAAUCUUGAAAAUUAUUUUUAAAAAAGCAACUGAUAGUUUUAUUAAAAAAAAAAAAAUUUCUACAGUACAGACCAAUCCAAGUCUUGGUAGUGAUCAAAAGUUUUUGCUAGUGUUAAGACCAGCCCAAGUUGUGCUAUUGACCAAAAGCUUUUGAUAGAGUAAAGAUCAACCCAUAGAGCACACUAAUUGUUUCCCAUUCAAGAAUAAACAAAGCUUAAUGUCAUAAUAUUUUAAAAAAAGAAUUCAUUAUUCAGUUUUCAGGAAAAUGGCAGCGUAAUUCAACUGAAAUAAAUUCUGAUUGUCCACAAAAAGAACUUUCACACGACAGUUCGGUAUAGUGAUUUUUACAAAGUAAUAUUGCAAGUGCAGGCCAUUCAUUGCAUCUUCCUGCAUCUAAGAAUGGCUAUGAAUUUUGAUUACUUACUGCACUCUUGACCCCCUUAAUCUUUUGCUAACUGGCUUAUUUACAUUGCAAGAUCCUUUAAGAUGCACAGUUACCUUGAACUUGAAUGUUACGUUCGGUAAAAACUUAAUUAUCUAGUAUACAACAAAUGUAGGCACUCUGCGGUUGACUAGCAGUUGUCACAAGUGUAUCUCCUUUUUUAUGAAUACAGUGUAUUAAAAUAAAGGAGCAUAACAUUUUUUAAAUACUUUGGUCUGAUUUAAAAAAAAAAAAAACAAUUUUAUUAUAGAGAGGAAGGAAUGUCUAAACAAGUUCACAGCUAGCAAUAAUUUUAUUGAGUUAUUUGCAUACAAUUUUAUUCAUAAAAAAUAUUCAAAACUCAAAAAGAAAAAUUAAUCAAAAUUCAAAAAAUGACCUUGUUUCCAUUUAUGAUAUAAGACAGACUACACAAAGCUGAGUUUGAAAUUCUUAGGUUAAUUUUCUCAUGUGACCCGUGUAGCCAUAAAUGACAUCUUCUACUUCACGUUAAAUCCAAAUAAUGAAGUUUCCACUUAAAUGCCAGAAUUCCAACAACAUGAAAGUUUUAUAAUUUAGUCUAAUGCAUGACUAUGCUGCCUCUCUGAUUGAGAAGUUAUCUCAAAACUCGGUCAGUGUGACAUGCAUGUUUACUAAAAAUUUACUGAGAAGCAUGAGCACUCUGCUAUAGAUCAAAUAUUUGUUGACAUUUCAACAGAGCAGAAGCCACAUUUUGCAAUCUUCCAAAAUCACAUAAUUUUAUUGAGUGAGAUAUGCAUAUUUUUAAAACUAUUCUGUAGUCAUAUACUAAAUUAUGGAACAAUCUUUACAGUAUAUUACCACUUUCAAUGUAAGUAACUUAGGGUAAAAAAAUGCUACUUCAGAAUAAGGGUCCGCAUUAUACGUGCAACAGAAUUUUUUUUCAUUAUCAGUGAACAACAUAUACUAAUGCCAAUGCAACCAAAUAUUCUUGGCCCACUUGCUAUAGGCCCCCUAGUGGGCAUCUUAUCUGGUCAUGCAAUAAGUAAUGUAUUAGCACCCCUUUGAAGGGAAAUUAGCAUAGUUGUAUAUAAUAAUAUAAUUUAAAGAAUUUUGACAAUUUUAUUAAAACUAAAUAUUUAUUUUGUUAGUUCAUAUUGUAUUGUUAUGGACAAGAUUAAUAUAAUAUUGCAUUAUAUGUGGACAUAGCAUUUUAUGGCUUUUUUAAAACAAAAAGUUAGGGGUUUGCAAUAUACGUGGAUCGUAUUAUAUGCGGUGGUAUAAUUAUUAAUUGUGAUUUACAAAUUGCUAUCAUUAAUUUGUUGUAUUUCAUGCAAUUUCUGUUAUUAUUUAUCUAAUUAUUUGUGGUAAUACAGAGUGUAGUUUUAGUACUUUUGGGAUUCAUGUGCAUCAUGUUAGUCUACUGGGUGAAGUUGAUGCCAGCAGAUUUAAUGAGACCCCCACUUCGGGCCUCCCAAUUAUUAUUUUUAUGUGGCAUACUGGCCAAUAAAUACAAUUUUUAUUUGAAAAGCUCCAAUAUUGAAGUUUGUUAACCAGUGAAAAUAUGUAUAUGCUAGGGUUUCUGAAAAUAAGGUGUUUUACUCAUUCAGAAAGUGAGGUAUUGUUGUUAUUUGUUUUAAAUAUGUCAAGAUUUAACACAAAAGACUUAUCUAUUUGCAUCAGGCUUUAGAGUCCAAAUUGGCCAACUGUAGGAACUUCACAAAAGAUGAACCACGCAAUAAGACAGGCACCAGUCCUUUAAACUCACCAAGGUAGGUUUUUUUUCAUAUUUUCUUGAUCCACUGUAAUAUUUGUUUUCAUAUAGCCUUUAACCUAUCAUCAAUUAUUACAAAUGAUUCCAACUUUUUAAAAUCUUGUACUCUGAUAUUACUUGAUAUUCUUGACUGUUGAAAAUACCCUCAUAAUUAUAGUUUGUAUAAAUAUAGUUGGUCUAUUACCGUGCCAAUUUAAAUUUGUCAAUUGAAGCUUCCAUAUAAAAAUUCUUACAAAUAGGUCAAAAAUUGUUUCAUUAGUUUAAAAUUUAAAAAGGAAAACCUACAAAUCACCAAAUUGGAUAAUUUAUGUCUGAUAUUUUUCUUUUCUUGAACUAAAGGUGAUAUUCAUCAGAGGUAGCUUAUUUUGUUUCUGUCCCAUCUCCCAGUUGCAUUUUGCUAACAUUAUAUGCACUGUCCUAUUAUCACAGUUGAUUGCCUGUAUUUCCAGGUCUGAUCUAAUGGGUAGUAGGACUAAAAGGUGUCUCACUAUAAACGCAUGAGUGCAUUGAUACAUAAUAUCGGGGCCUAAUAGCAGAAGGUUGUUCUUUUUGGAAUUUUCUGUGUCUUUAGGUUGGCUUUCUGUCUAAACAUAUACAUAGAUGAGUGUAGUCAAUGUUGACAGUCGAUGCUUUGUUUAUUUCAAAAUUUUAGUGCUUGAGAUUUUUGUUUAUUUUCAGGCAUAGAGGUACUAUUUAAUGCAGUUCACUGUUAUAUUAAGAGCACAUAGAAAGUUUGUAGGAAUGGUAGGAAUAAUUCUUAGAGGUCAUUGAUGCAUACAAGUUACAAGUUUUGAAUAGAAAUAGACUUAAAAGUCUUUCCUUGAAAAUUAUUUAACCCUUUCGAUCCCUAAAUGACUCCAUGAAAAAGAAACAAAUUUUUGUCUGUAUGUCAUAAAAAAUGAAAAUUAAGUGUAUGAAAAGCUUCUCGUUACACCAAAAUUUGACGCCAUUUAUAACUCAUACUUUUAAUUUAGUAUUUUAAAUUGCAUGGGUUUACAGCAUAUUUGAAGAUAAAAUUAUUGGCUCUUUAUUAAAAAACUGCUUACUGUCCUAGUAUUUCUAGCUAGUUCCUGUCUGAAAGCAUGGCUCCUGACAAAGCCACAGCAUCAAGUGGCAAAAGGGCUAGUAAAAAUUUGAUUGAGAUAGGAUUAAUGAUAGAAAAUUAGAAAACUCCUUGUAAUCAAAAUAUGGUUGAAAGAGAAAAAAAUUCCGCCUCAGAAUUGGACUGUGAUUGAGAUAAAAAUACAUGAUGACUAUUAAAGAGAAGAAAGGUAAUUUCAAAAAUGACUUAAAAGUUUAGUUGACUACUCAUUGAUAUCAAGUAAAAGAAAUUGCAAGCUAGAGGGGAUCAUUUAUGUGAGAAAUACUAAUUUUAGUUCUAUUGACUGCAAAAAUAAGUAAAAUUUAUGUCAAAUUGUGCUUUGGGAAAGGCUUUGAAAUGGACCACUCUGAUUUACUAGAAAUAAGAAGAUAACAAGCAGGUGCUCAUCUCUUUUGUUUUAAUUUAAAAAAUUAAUCAAGUGUUUCCGGUUUAUACAAAUAGUUUUCCCCAAUUUACUUUCUAAAAAAAAUUAAAAAUACCUGUUGAGCUUGGCCUUUACCUUUGUUGACCAUUGAUAAAAUUAAAUAGUCGUAUUCAAUUAUAGUUAUAAAAAACGAAGGGAAUCUUGUGAUACGACCCUUAAAAGUCCUAGUUAGCAUGGUAUUUUCAGGCAUGACAAACUCUUCAUAGCACUUCAUUAUUUUAAAGUAAAAAAAACAGUUGGAUCAAAAGGUUAAUACAUUUUUCAGUUGACAUCUGCUAUUUACUUUCUAGGAUAAAUGCUUUACGAUAAUUAAUAAUAUACAGUGUUUGUUGCAGAACAUGAAAUGAAAGAAAUAAUUCAACUGCCUUGCAAUCGUACCUUAUAUUCUAUGUCACAAGCCGUCAUAGUCUUAGAAAUAUAUCAUUCAUUCUUGUUCAAUGUUGAGAAAAUACUUAACACUUCCCAAAAUUUGUCAUUAAGGUCAUUAUUUAUUUACUUGUUAUUCUUAAUUGUCGCCAGCAAUCAACCAUUAUUAAUAACAUUGUCACAACUCUGAAUGUUUGUGCAAACUUUGUCAGCUUUCUUAUGAGCUUUAUUAAUAUUUAGAAAUUCCAGCCUAUUUCAUUUUUAUCAAUUUUCGCCAACAACUAAAGUUGCAGUUCAUUAUCUGAAUUUAUUAGAGUAAAUGUACUUCGAAAUUAUUUUCAUAACUUAACGUAACUUCUGUGUUAGCUCAUCAUUAAUAUCAUGUUGGCCUUUAACAUUAUUGAAAGUUAAAGUUGAAAGUUUUUUAAGUUAAACUUCCUUUCACACUUAAGUUAUUUUUUAGACAUAAAUAAAAUAAAUUCUCUUCCUUCAAGCACUAGAGCAAGCAUGACACUCACACACACACACAAUAUGGAUAUUGACAUUGAAGAAUAAUACCGGGUAAUGAAAGUAACAAUAUGGGAAAUGUGUCCAUUAAACACCUAUCGGAAAACCUUGUUCUAGACGCUUGUAAAAAAAGAAAAAAGAAGAAGAAAUAUAACUUGUCAGCAUAUUGAUUUCAUUUCAAGCAUUAAUUUGAUUAGAUGUGUCCGUUUUCGGUAUGUGGUUUCAAGAGUUAUGUUCUCUUGUGAUGGUUGAGGGCUGGAAGGUAAUGCAGUGUAACAUUAACCAACUGUUCAUUGCCAUUGUCAGAAAAGUGAGGAAAAAAUGUCUAUGACUAGAAGGUGGUGACCUGUGACGAAGUCUUGUUGGCUGUGGUAAGAUGAGCUGGCACUGCCACAGGGUUAAUGGUAUUGUUAAGCUGUUGGUGGAUUUUUUUUUUUUUUACAUUGUGUUUUCGUUAAAGAUAAGGAAUUCAUAGGCACAAAAUGCUUAAUGAAAUGCACUAAUAAUUAAGGCACAUAUUUUAGUUUUUUAAGUGUCAAGAAAAAAAAAUAGUAAUGAUUAAAAUGUAAUUGUCUUACAGCUCCCUUCAUAAAUAAAAGAACAGUCUUUGCCAUUUAAAUUUGUAAUAUGUUCAGUACUUUUAUUAUUAUUUUGUAUAUUCUAUCUACACUGUCCCCAUCACUCAUUUUCUUAUGGCCCCACACCCUUUGCCCUUUCAAAAAAAAAAAAAAGUUAAUAAGUAUAAAAUCAAUUUCAAUGUAUUACAACAAUGGGGAUUUAAUUUUGUUAUUUUUAAAAAGUGGCCAGAUUUUGGUGCUUGAUUGUAAUUCAUUUCAUUUGUGGUUUGCCCAAAUUGCUUAUCAACUAAUUAACAGUGCAUUUUGCUCAAUUUUUUUUUUAUUUGUUGUUGUUUACUUUUGUUUCAUUAUAAUAUUAUGUUAGAUUUUGGUCUUUAUAUUUUUGUUUCUCAGCUGUACACUCAACUUGUUAAUUUAGUCCAUGACAUGGCUACUGGGAGUAAUUACUACUGAUUGACCCUUCUUUUUUAACCAAAUGCAAUGUGCUUUGUGUAGUCAUAGUACAUUUAGUACUAAUCAAUCUUAAAUAAAGUUAUGACCACUUUAUUUUUAGUUUGUUUAAAAAUAUAUCCAAGUAAAGCAUACAUAGAGAAAACAACAGUGUGCCCCUUGUAUUAAAACAUAAAUUUAUUAGCUGUUGAGUAUGCUUUAAUUUUAACUGAUAACAAACCUAAUUGAUUUGUGUGAGACUUCAUUUCAUAGUCUUUUAAUCCGCAAGAUAUUAUAUAAGGUUUGGCCUUUAUUAUUUCUAAUAAUCUUUAACAGGCUUUAUAUUAUUGAGCUGACAAAAAGGAACUUUUGGAAAAUGAUAGUUGAUACAAAGUUGUACAUGUUUUUUGUCUCGUCUUCAGGAAUCCGCUACUGAACAGAGGUUCAUCACUGGUUGUCCAGCCAAUUGUGAAGAUGAAAGUCUAGACUUUUAAUUUCCUGCUCCUACAACAUCGUCUUGGAUGGAAAUAACUCAUCACUAACAGGGCAAGUGGGACAGCAAGACAACCAUUUCUACCAUUUCCAGGACAAAAGUUCAACUCUUGACUGACACAGCCUCUCUACGUUUGGAUAAAUCUGAUUCAUUGCUAUUUUAUCAAAUCUAAAUGAAUCUGAUUCAUUGCUAUUUUAUCAAAUCUAAAUGAAGGAGCUAUGAAACACCCAGCCUUGCCGGCCAUUCAGUCCAAUUAAUUCCAGGCCCGUGAAUGCCAAUUCAUUGCUAUACAAGUGUCACACAUGCCCAUUGAUUGCAUCCAAUCUGUUAUUCAUUUGACUUGCUGCAGAAUGUUGUUUAGGUUGUAGAUGUAUGCGUCACAAGUCAGUUCUGAGAAAUCAAUCCAUAAAGAGGCCAGCUUGUCUGCUCAGCAUCAUGUGUACACUUGUUUGAAUUAUUUAUAGUGUACUUUAUUGCAGCAGACAGGUGGAAGCUGGUGAAUGUUAGCAUAAAUACAGAUUAUGGAAAGUUAGAAUUUAAUUUAAAAAAAAUUAUACACACUAGGGAAGCUAGGAUUUAAUAACAUGUAUACAGAUUAGAUAGGUGUGCAGUGUGACUCAGCACAGCAACAUCACUUGAAUACAGAAUCAGGAGAUUUCCACAAUUGAAUUUAUUAUUUAGGUCAUGGGAUAAGCUGUUGAUAAUCCCUGUCUUUUAAAAAAAAAAAAAAAGAAUAACCUUGCGUUGUGUUAGAUUUGAAGCUUGACAAAUGAAUCAAAGAAUGUAACCGAGUUGUUAGACUACUCCUUUGUUUAAAAAAAAAUGAUUGUGUGGCUUGUGUCACUGUGACCUUACAAUUGGUCUAUCGUGUGGCUUGUGUGACUGUGACCUUACAAUUGGUCUAUCCUGUGUCUUAACUACUAUCAUCUUUUCACGUCUGCUGGGGUAUCCUGAAGUUUCUCAUAUAAUGAAAAUGGCAGACUUCUGGCACAAGUCUUCUGUAUUAUAUAUAUGAUUUUACCUUCCGAUCCAAACCUCAUCAUUCAUUGAUAUUUUGUAUACAUGUACAUGAUGUAAAGUUGUAUAUAUGGCAUCCUUCCGUCUUCGCGAGACGAUGGAGUAGCUAUGUAGUCCUACACUUCGACGAGUGGCUCACUAGGCCAAUCCUAGAUUGACAAAGUUGCAUACAUGUACAUAAAAGCCCAUACUGUUGGAUGAGGCAAGUCGAUGUUUAUAUUUAAAUAUCAUGUAAGGCUAAUCCUUUUUUAAAAUUUAACUGGCUUUGGUUGGUUUUUUUCAUUGCCUAGUCAUACAGAAUCAAUGAAGCAAUUUUAGAUGUGCUGUAUGGGGCCUAGGCUAGUGCAAUGGAUUCACAAUAAAGUAGAUCUCUGUGACUCCAAGUGUGUGCUGAGUUGAUGUUAUGUAUUUUGGUCACUUGUCACUGCUAGAGUAUGUUCUUGUAGUAGGAAAUGCUAAUGAUAAGAUCUACUAAUAACCUUGCCUGGCAGCAUUACUUUACUCUCAUGUGCACACACAUUUGCUCCCUAUGCUGUUCAUAAAUUAAUUGGAUAUCUGAGAUAUAUGUCAUCAACUAUGCAUACUGUCAAGUAUGUACUCAUUUAUAUCAAAGGUUAAAAAAUAUGGAACUUACUUCAAAACAUGCUGUAUUGAUCUACGUAUAGGUCUGCCAUUUUCCCACAAAUGUAAAUCUAGGGCUGUGGCCUACAUUCAGGAUGUUGCAAAAAAGCUUUUAAAAAGUAAUUACAUUUUGUUGUUGUUUAAAAGGAGCACCAAACUUUAAGGGUGCGUCUUAGAAUCAGGAGGAGGAGGACAAAUAUAAAAAAUAAAAACUUAGCUAAAAGUAAUUAUAAUCUGGAGGGGCAUAUACUUGGAACAGUACUAUGGGUGGAACAUAUUAUAUAUACUCACUGAAAAUAUUCUGUGCUUCAUUGGUGAAGAGCUGUCUGGUCCGUAGAAAAUGAAAUAAAAUUGUUCCUCAUGAGUUUUGCCUGUUUCAUUCAUAGUGGGUUAUUUUUUUAUGUUGAUCUUCAACUUUCCAGUGAUAAGUGCUCUAAAACGCAGCUCAUUGAUUGCACUACAGUUAGCCCUGAAAAAUGUCAUAGCUUCAGACUGACUCACGGAUGUCAAGCUGUUCCUGUUCAACUCAUUAACUACCAAAUAAAACAAUAUGCCGCAGUGGAGUUACUUUGGUAGCUUAUCUUUCUUAGGUUGGAGAUUGUAUAAUCUUUUUAAAUUUUAUCAUUUGAACAAAUUAAUUAUCAUUUGAACAAAUUAAUUAUCAUUUGAACAAAUUAAUUAUCAUUUUGGGCUCAAAAGUACCCCCAAAGAAUUGUAAUUAAUGGACAAUGCAAUUUUUUUUUUUAAUUUAUGAACACUGAAAUUUUGCUCCAAUUCAUUUGUUUAAAUGUACUAUUUAAUUACUAAUUCUUAUAUUUCCCUCGUAGGACAUACAUUAUCAUUUUUUAAAUCUAGUCAUAAUUUCUUUUUAAAAUAAAAAUGCAUCAUUUUAAACCAAUGAAUAAAAUGUAUACAUGUAUACACUAACAGAUAUUGGUUGGUAUGGGGGGAAACUCUUCAAAUUCUAAAGUAGUAACUCUGUUUUCUCUCAGCUAUAUAGGGUGUCUCAACUGUUGUUAGCUGUUCAUGGUAGUUAAUGAGUUGUGAAGAAGAUUAAGAGUUGUUGAUUAUGUUGGACUGGAUCAGUCAACAUAGAGAAUUAUUGCUUGUGUUGGACUGGAUCAGUCAACAUAGAGAAUUAUUGCUUGUGUUGGACUGGAUCAGUCAACAUAGAGAAUUAUUGCUUGUGUUGGACUGGAUCAGUCAACACAACAUUGAAAGUUAGAAGUGUCUUUCAUUAUUUGUAAACAAUCUUUAUGGGUAAAUAUUAGUGUUUUAAAUACAUAACACAAACCGUUCUUGACCAUGUACAGUAUGUGCCCUUGUUAAAAUAUGUUCUCUCAUUUUUUUUUGCUUGUCUCAUUCUUAUUUAUGCCCAAAAUUAAUCUACUUUAUAAUCAUUAAAUCCAUUCUAUGCACACACUUGUAAAAAGUCUAUUGGCUAGGGUACAGUUUUAUGUAAAUCCUGCAAACAACUCAUCAAGAACUUAAAUUAACUUUCAAAGUAUGCCAAGAUCGUUGGGACAAUAUGGUAAGGCUUAAAAACUGCAUAGCCGUGUUACCGUCUCAAUGAGUUGUUGAUAGAAAACCUUCCGAUUGCUCUUUCUAUGAUGGUUCACCUAAUUAAAUCUGAGGCAAGCACUGGAAAACAGAUGCAUCCUGCUCUGUGACAUGCAUUUAAAUACCGUCUUUCACUACGGUAAGCUAGUCACUUGUGCAUUUAUCUAUGUACCACAACAUUUCUCACGCCAGCUGAUGUGCCAGGUUAGUUUAGUGCUCAACACUAUGCCAGUGAUCUCUCAUCAAAUAAUCAAUUAGGCUUUUUUUUUUGGUUUAAUUUUUUUUUUUAAAUACCAGUUGCAAAUUGUGUAUCUUGAUUUGAAAUUAAUUGUUACACAGCUUUUUGUUAUCUCUCCAGAAAUUUAGCACUAAGUAGGGUCUAGCCAAUUUACAGGCAGGUAACAAGUUUAUUUUUCAUUUACUUUACAGUCACUUUUUCCUCUUACUUCCCUGACAGAAAUGUAACUUAUUUGAUCGAAAUGGUGGCCUAUGUUUUUUGUAACAUUGUUUAGCUCACAGCUUUGUUAUUUCCAGUGCAGUAACAGACCGGUAAAAAUUUGCUCAAAUUGGCAAUGGAUUUUGUCUGCUGGCUCAUUUAUCUUAGUUUUACAUACUGAUAUUGCAAUUUUUUGGCACAUCAUUUUAGUUGUACCGGUAACUUAAAAAAACAACAACCUGACCUACCAUUUAUCCCUAAUUGAUUGGAUCCAGUCACAGGUAUUUCAAGUUGUUUGGUUGCAUAUCAUUUGUAGUAAGGAAAUUUUUACUGAACUGUCUAUGCCUGGAGAGCCUUUGUUUGUGGCCUAUGCCCCAGACAGGACGACAGGCGAUGAUAAUGAUGUCUAGGCAGACUACAUAGUUGAAUCAGUAAGCAUGUCCCGUACUUGUUUUGCCAUCAGGAAGAUUUUAAAAUUAUUUUUAGGAUCAGUUCCAUUGUUGAUUCUUCAAAGAAUCCAGUCAUGUGGAACAGUCAUCACAAUUUAAUGAGUUGAGUGGUUUCAUGAAAUCUAUAUUUCAUCCCAUUCCAUGAUAGCAUUGGCUGUUGAAACUCUUUGAGAGAUACCGUGUGGAAAUCUCUGGUAAAUUCAUGUCACUAUGUCUAAUUGGAGAUGACAUGUCACCUAUGCCUUAUUAGUGAUGACGGGUCACUAUGUCUCAUUAGUGAUGACAUCUCACCAUGUCUUAUUAGUGAUGACAUCUCACCAUGUCUUAUUAGUGAUGACAUCUGAUAGAAACCAUGGAGAGAUGGAGUGACUUGAAAUGUAG